CUGCCUCCUUCCGCGGCCCUCUCUUCAAUAGCUAGCUGAAGAAGCUGCACCCAACUGGCAUCUCUCUCCCAUGGCGGCUCCUCACCAGCAGACCAAAAUCUCCCUUCUCGUUUCAUUGCUGUUCUUCGCCUCCACGUCUCCCAUUUCUUCCGAAAAGGUUUCUUUGGAUCUGUACUACGAAUCCCUCUGCCCUUACAGCGCCGAUUUCAUAGUCAAUUACUUGGCCCAAAUCUUCGAAAAUGGGAUAAUCGACAUUGUGGAUCUCACUCUUUAUCCAUGGGGUAAUGCUAAGCUUCAUUCAAACUCAUCCUCUUUCACAUGCCAGCAUGGCGCGGCGGAGUGUUUCUUGAACACUAUAGAGGCUUGUGCCAUUGAUGCCUGGCCAGAUGUGAAAGAACACUUGCCUUUCAUAUAUUGUGUGGAAAGUCUGGUCUACAACGGAAAGUAUACUCAGUGGGAGACAUGUUAUGAGAAAUCCGGCAAGGAUCCGAAGCCAGUUUCUGACUGUUAUGCCACCGGGAGGGGUAAGGAGCUUGAAUUGUGCUAUGCAGCAGAUACAAAUGCCCUUGAGCCCCCUCAUGAGUAUGUGCCGUGGGUUGUCGUGGAUGGGCAACCCCUAUAUGAGGAUUAUGAGAGGACUUUAAGCUACAUCUGCAAAGCUUACAAAGGAACUACCGAGAUAGCCAUUUGCAAUGAAUUUCGUGCUCAAGAUGGUGGGAUGAUUAGGUUUGUGACUAAUCCAUUCCGAUAUACGAAGAGAACUACACAGUUAUCAACCAUAAUUUCAGUCGCAACAUCUUUCGUGAAACAAGCUAAACAGGUUUUGUUAUCAGCUUAAGCUAACACGCCUUCUCUUGCGUUAAUGUUGUUGCUUCAUGACGUACCUUUGUUGCAAGAAGAUAAAUUUUAUUGGGAUUCUCUAUUCUCUAUUUCCUGAAGAAAAAAAAUCAUUUGAUAUUUCUUGACAAACCCAUUGUUAACCAAAUAUUAGCACUUGAAUUGUUAUCAAUCUUGGUAUAUGAAACUCAUUUGAUUAACAGCUGAAGUAAACCCCCCAUCCAAUACAAGAUUGUGUCCUGUGAUGAAUCCAGAAUCCUCACUAGCCAGAAACAGCACUGCUUUUGCCACAUCUUCCAUUGUCCCCCCUCUCCCGACCAAGAGACUCCCCCGUUCUCCGACAAUUUCCCCCACUUCCUCCGCCUCCACGUCCACCUUCCCAAGAAACCUCCGGAACGCGCUCAAAAGCAUCUCCGACGGGAUGCCAUGUGGCGAAAUGCAGUUCACCCGGAUCCCGUGCUGCCCCAGCUCGCACGCCGCGCUCCUCACCAGCCCCAAGAUGGCUGACUUUGACAAGGAGUACGGGUGCGAGGCCAGGCCGCCCAUGACGGCAGCCGAGCUGGAGGAGCAUAUGAUUGUUCCUCCGCCGCCGGCCCCCACCAUGGCCCGCGCCGCGUGUUUGAUUCCGUGGACCACCCCGUUGAGGUUCACAGCCAGGAGACUCGCCAGCUUGUCCAUUUUGAGGUUCAUGAUGCUCCCGCAGGGACCCGCUACCCCGGCGUUGUUGAACAUGAUGUCUAGCCUCCCUCUCCAUUCCAGCGCAAGCUUGACGGCGGAUUCGACGUCAGAUUCCUUGGAAACGUCGCAGUGGAUGUAUCGCCCCCCGAUGGAUUCCGCGAGUGGGGCCCCUAGGUCGUCCAGUAUGUCGGCAAUGAUGACAUCAGCGCCGUUUUUGGCUAGUAGCCUUGCUGUUUCAGCCCCUAUCCCUCUUGCUCCACCAGUAAUGACCGCAACUUUGCCAUUCACAACUAACCUGAGAGAAUCCAUUGCUGAUAGAGCUUAAGAUUAUGUUAUUCUUUGGGAAUAACGUUUUCAAUUAACAGUCAGUGGGCGUUACUAUACGCAUUUGGCAAAUGGCAAUGCAAGGAGCUGAGUGCCUAGAGGACGAUUGUCCGGUCAGUGCUGCGAAGUCCUCAGGG